UGAAGCAGAGCUUGUUAAAAAAAUUAUCAAGUCGCUCUUCAAAAAAUUUUCUUCCAAAUUGUCUCACUCUCACGAAACGCGUCUCUUGUUCAUGCUCCCGCUCCCCUUUCGACUCUAUAGGACCACAUUUCCGCAGCCUUGAAGCAUCCACACAGACCCCUGCCAGCGUUGAUGGAAUACGAUCCUUCGCUUCACUUCACUCAUGAAUUUUCAGAUCCCCAUUCGAAUGGUUCCGCCUCUCUAUUCAUGGAGUCCAGUCCGUCUCAUUCUAUUCCUAUUCCACCCGCUUCCGAUAGCCUGAACAUUCAAAUACAACCGCCCGCUAUUUCCUCCUCCGUGCAGGUGCUGCCCCUGAGCUCGAUCCAUUUGAGCGCGCAGGAAACGCAAAAGCGCCUCAUACAAGACCUGGAAAUACGCAGAAAGGCCCAUUUGAUAGCCGUUCCCAUCGACGACGAGCAAGUCAAGGCUCGCCUGUGCGAACUUCAUGAACCAAUCAUCUUGUUUGGCGAAACCAAGCCCCUGCGCCGACACCGCCUGCGUCUGUUGCUCGCGCACUUGGAUCUGUCGAACAAGUCCACGGACUCCGUCGCGGUGCAGCCAGAAGAGGUCCGAGAGAAACCUGCGACGUCUUCGCGCCCGUUUUUUUCGGUUGGAUCGACCGAUUUGCUCAACGCGCGCAUGGCCAUCCUGAACAGCUCCAUAGAGCUCGCCCGUGCCAGGCUAGACAGACUCAGAGCCAGAGAGGAGUUCUUGAAGAACGAAAGCGACCACGAAUGGCUGGACAGACAAAACGAGUUGGAUUCCGAGCUGUUUCAGCCGCUCAGCAAGUGCAUUUCUUCUGCAUCCGUGGUAGCUGAACAGAGGCCUAUAUCGUCCAUCAGAAUAAGUAAAAAUGGCACGUGGAUCAUUACCGCGUCGUGGAACAAAACCUGCACCUUGUGGAACGCUACAACUUGCCAGGAAAUUCUUGUUUAUCGAGGCCACACCGAACGUCUAAUCGAUUGCGCCUUCCAUCCAUUGGCACACGUGUCCGCUUCGUCCGUGUCUGUAGCAACGUGUUCGGCGGACCAAACUAUAAAAUUGUGGUCUCUUCAAGAUUCAACUUGUCUGGGCACCCUCACGGGCCACGAAGAUCGUGUCAACAACGUCGCUUUUCAUCCAACUGGAACCUAUUUGGCCGCCUCUUCUCACGACACCACCUGGAGUUUUUGGGAUUUGGAAACCCAAAAAUGUCUCUUGAAGCAAGACGGACACUCUAGACCCGUCUACGCCCUGUCCAUCCACCCGGACGGCGGAUUGAUUUCCACCGGCGGCACCGACGCUGUCACCCGCGUGUGGGAUUUCCGCAGCGGAAAGCCGGUGUAUACCUUUUUCGGACAUGCUCAGCCCAUCUAUGGCAUGGACUGGCACCCAAACGGGCAGUUUCUGGCCACCGGGGCGGGCGACCAUACCGUCAGAAUUUGGGAUCUGAGAAUGAAAAAACUGUUCUACAUCCUUCCGGCUCACAAGGCCCUCGUAUCAAAAAUCAGGUUUCAGCCGAAACACGGAUUGUUCCUCGCCACGGCGGGCUAUGACAACGUCGCAAAACUCUGGAAAACGGACGACUGGAGCCCCAUCGCAGAACUGUCCGACCACGACAGCAAAAUCGCCGGUAUCGACGUCUUCUCUCCAGACGAUUCAGACCCCACCGGUUUCACGGAACACCCGACAUCGCCAGACAACUCAAUGCAAGUCGACGACUCCACUCAAACUCAAAACCCCCCCGCCAAAUACGCUCCGUACAACCCAAAAAAUGCCAAACGCAUCGUCAUCGCCACCUGCGGCUUCGACCGAACCUUCAAACUGUGGACCAUCCAGAACUAGCGCGCCCCACACCACACAAACGGAGACGCAUGCAUGCAACAAUAUGCACACACACAGGGGUGUGUGUAUGCGGUAUACCCGCCUCUGCCAAAUGACGCAUCCCUCCUCUCUCCGUCGACGCUCUGCCCCCUCCCGCCGGCCCCCGAGCGUUCCUCCCCCUUCUGUCGACGCUCAGUCCCUCUCGCUGGCCCCUGGGCGUCCCUCUUCUUCCCCCGACUCGCGGAGCGCCGCCGCUCCCUCUUCGAGGCCGAACGUGGCUCUCUCGAUCUGUGGCGCCCGGACCAGCCUCGAUAAACCCCUCUGAAUCCGUGCCACCUUCCCGGCCGAAUGCGGAGCCCCUCCUCUGCGCCGCGGAGGCAGUCCCCCCCAGCGAAGGUG